AUGUUUCGGAACUCGCUCCGCCUCAUAUGUAUCCAAACACAUUUUAGGCAAAUACAAGUACAUUACUUGACAUCAUCGUUGGGUAAUCGUUGUCUAAAUAAUCACUACCGCGGUCAAAGUAGGACCUUUGCGAAUUGCAGUAUGGGCGUCAAAGUUCACGUCAUUUACUGCGGUGGAUGAGGGUACAGGCCCAAGUUCACCAGGCUCAUGACCCAGCUUGAGGAUGAAUUCCCAGGCGACCUUGAGAUUACUAGUGAAAGCACUCCAACAGCUUCUGGCUGGUUUGAAGUGAUGGUGAAUGGCAAGUUGGUUCAUUCAAAGAAGGAGGGGUCAGGCUAUGUGGAUAGCGACCAGAAAAUGGCACCAAUAGUGGCGGCUAUUGAACAGGCCUUGGGGAAAUAAAGUGCUGGUCAUGGGAGUGUGGUCUUUUCUGUUUGUUUACACUUUUACAUGGCAAACAAUGAUGGUGGUGUCUCAAAUGUCAAAGACAUGGAUACUGCUUGAUGAACCUUGCUGUGGCAUCCUUGGUCCAGACAGUUAGAUUCGGCUCCUGUAAUAGCACUGUGUUUUGGAGCUGGGUUACAGUACAAAGGGAACACAUCUUAUUAGUAAUUGGAAACCAAAGUCAUCUUGACAUGUCCAAGAUUAAGUUGUAUUCUCAAUAAAACUGAUGCAUUUGACAUUA